AGCAAUGAAAGUAACAAUCCCGGAAAUUGCAUGGCACAACAGGGAUCCAGUGUUCAGUGCUGAUUUCAGUAUGGGAGAGGGCUGUCAGUGGAGAAUGGCAACUGCUGGUGCUGAUUCUGAUGUCAAGAUGUGGAGAGUUGUGCCACACAGAGACGGUAAAGAUGCGGAAGUAACUUUCCUGUCCAAUUUGAGAAGACACACAAACACUGUCAACUGUGUCAGGUUCUCACCUGAUGGUUUAUUGCUCGCAUCUGGUGGGGACGAUGGUGCUAUGUUUUUGUGGCAGGAAAAGGAAGAUAAGAAUGUUGAGGGUAAUUUAUUUGAAGAGGAUUCAGAACAAAAUAAAGAGCAUUGGGUUGCAUACAAAAUGUUGAGAGGGCACAUAGAAGACAUAAUGGACAUCGCCUGGUCACCUGAUGGGAAAAUGAUAGUUUCAGGGUCUAUUGAUAAUAGUGUUAUAGUUUGGGAGGCUAAAACUGGCAAGAAGCUGCAUCUGCUGAAGGAACAUUCCCACUACGUGCAGGGAGUCACGUGGGAUCCCUUAGGAGAGUUUAUCUGCUCUCUUUCUAGCGAUAGAUCGUUGCUAGUAUACGAAGCAGCACGUGGUAACUUAAUGUACAACGUAUCAAAACACCGGCGGGAAAAGAAGCAAGUGGAGAAGGACGCAGAUGAUAAGGAGAAGACAGAGAAGAUUGAAAAAGAGAAAACCAACAGAUUGUUUGUUGAAGAGGGCGCCACUAAAUAUUUCAGAAGAUUGGAUUUCACUCCUGAUGGAGCUUUUCUUAUCACUCCAGCCGGUCAGGUGUCAACCGCAGAUGAUCUCUGUCACGUGACUUAUAUGUUUUCCAGAAGUAAUCUUAAAAAGCCGAUCUGUCAUUUGCCGGGCCCUCAAAAACCAGUGUGUGCUGUAAGAUGCUGCCCGGUAUUGUACGAAUAUCAAAAUAAAGAAACUAAAAAACAUACCAAUUUACCGUACCGUAUGAUUUACGCUGUUGCAUCGUUAAGUGAAGUUUACCUGUACGAUACUGAACAAUUUACACCAUUUUGCUCCGUGUCAGAUAUUCAUUACGCUUGUAUAACAGACUUGGCAUGGUCGAGUAACGGUAGGGUGCUAAUGAUAACCUCUUACGAUGGUUUCUGUACUGUACUCUCAUUUGAUCAGGACGAACUUGGCACUCCCUACUCCUCUCAGCCUGCCCAGAUCAACUCUCCUAGACUUCUUCUGCGGCCCGAAACCAAAUCUAAAAAGAAAAAGAAGAGCAGCCCCAAAAACAGCGAGAAGAAAAACAGUGGUGUAGAAAAUAAGGACCCUAAUUCAGUUCAGACGACUGUCACUGCUGAUUCUUGUGUUGUUGCCAUGGAAGUGAAGGAAGGAAAGGAUCUGCCUGCCAAUGAACCUUGUGUCACCCCAAAAAGGCAAAACGGCAUCAGUACAGCACCAAAGGAACUGCUGAACAAUAAUCACGUGACCCCGGUACGAGAAAAGGAACUGCUGAACAAUAAUCACGUGACCCCGGUACGAGAAUCAGAGUCAGUGGUAAAACGGAUCACCCCGAUAAAGGUAUCGGAGGUACAGAAAAGUCGGGAGAUGAAGCCGGAGGGCGUGGUGGAGGUGAUGGUAUCAGAGAACACUGAUAAUAUCAAUAAUAAACCAGUCAGUAAACCUCCGAGAAGGCUGGCCCUCACUAAAAUAGAAUGAAAUGUGAUAUUUUACUGACUUUUGUUCAGUUUGAGGCGUUCUAGCCAAUCCUAAAAUACGAAGAUGGUGUUCUGCUCACUUGUCACUGUGUAGUAUGUGUUAGCCUAAAAGGAUAUUCGCCAGGAUUUUCCUCCUGGCCUUGUUUGAUUGUUGUUUCUUGAAAUCGUAUGGCUACUAAUAAAAUUUGCAGAUCUAUUAUCGACUGACCUUUAAGUUGCAGUUUUGUUAGAUUUUGUUUUAUUCAGUCACAUGAUUUUUUAGAUUUUUAAUUUUACCACACGUUUUAGUUUAAAAUUUAGAUAUUUGCUUUGGUAUAUUUCAGUCUAACUCUAACUCAAACUCUUAAUUUGGUCUGCGCCAAGCUUUAGGUUUGGCUGGCUAGUGGCUCUAACAAUGAACAUGUGAACUCUGGACCCGCGCAAACGAAUCGAACCUCUAAACGAACCUACACUUAAGUUAAACAGUGUAAUUCUUAAGUAAGUAUUCAGUAUUGGAAUCUGCAGGCUUGGAUAAAAUACAUCAUUCUGACCUUGUUUAAUUUAAUUUUUUUUAAUUGUGUGAACUAUUGUACUAAUGGAAGGGCAUUUUAUCAUGACUUAAAUUUUACAGUUAAACCUCCAUAUACCGGGGGAAAAACCCGGUAUAGAGUCAUAGGUUCACGUGAACCAAAUCCUGAAUCUCCAUUAUCUGUACAACAACAAGAUACAAGGGCAGGUCUCUCCCGAACGUUGGGAUGGCCUGAGGUGCUUAUCUCCUUUUCAGUAACCCUAAGCCACUCUGUGCCGAGGCACUAUACUAGCUGUAGGGGGGUUAGUCCUACGAGCCAGAGAGUGUGUAUAACCAGCCGAAGCUGUACCAAAUCACAGCUUGGUAACUGGCCGACUUGCAUCCGACCGGAUUUGAACCCGGGUCUUCUGCUUGGGAGGCGAUCGUGUUACCACUACACCACCCGGCUCUUAAAUAACCUGUCAACCAUUUGCCAUUUGCCAUUAGGGCCUUACAUACAUACAUUAUACACGUAUUGUGUCUUAUUGCGAGGGAAUACAACCCAGUCACCACCAAAUGCGAUGUGAGCUCUGAUUAAUCACAUUGUUUGAACCUACAGGUCAAACAAGGACUAAGUAACUAAAAGUUUAGGUUGGGGGAAGAAGAAGCCCGUAGUCAGUUUAUCGAGAUACUCGGUAUAGAAAGGCACUAUAUAUAGAGGGACGCCUGUAUUGCGAAUUGUGUGACAUGCCCAUCUUAGAAAACGAUACUGUCGAAAAUCUUGUUACUUCUAGUAUAGAAUCACUUCUACAGAAAGUUUCUUGCCGUUCCAACUUCAUAGAAAUUAAAAUUUUCUGUUCAUCAUUUUUAGUGCCAUAUAAUUAUAAACAUGGCAGGAAAAUGUUACAAAUGUAAGCUCUAAAAUUCGCCAGAUGAAUGAAGGUAUCUUAUGUAGAAAGGGAUUGGCAUCUGUAAUAUUAAUAUUAUGAUAAUUCAUUCCUUUGAAGUUGUACAUCAUACUGAUACAUGUGUUCUUGUUCUGGUUUUUACUUUUGGAGGGACUUGAUUUGACGAUGCAAAUGUUACUUCUGAAUUCAAUUGUGAAUUGUAUUUCCUGACA